AUCACCAUGAAGCUUCUCAUUCUCACCUGUCUUGUGGCUGUUGCUCUUGCCAGGCCUAAACUUCCUCUUAGAUACCCAGAACUCCUUCAGAAUCCAUCAGAGAGCAGUGAGCCUAUACCAUUAGAAUCAAGAGAGGAAUACAUCAAUGGUAUGAACAGGCAGAGAAAAGUUCUGAGAGAAAAACAGAGUGAUGAAAUCAAGGAUACUAGGAAUGAGUCAAUUGAGAACCAUGUUAUGGCAGAGUCUGAGAAGACGGAAUCUAGCAUCAGUUCAUCAAGUGAGGAAAAUUCUCUCAGUAAGUCUGCGGAACAGUUUCGUAGAAUGAACGAAUACAACCAACUUCAGCUGCAAGCUGCCCAUGCCCAGGAACAAAUUCGCAGAAUGAGUGAAAACAGCCAUGUCCAAGUGCCUUUCCAGCAGCUCAGCCAACUUGCUGCCUACCCCUAUGCUGUUUGGUACUAUCCACAAAUCGUGCAGUAUGUUCCUUUCCCACCAUUUUCCGACAUCUCCAAUCCCAUCGCUCCUGAGAAUUAGGAAAAAACUAACGCCAUGCUACAAUGGUGAUAUGACUGAAAAGUUCAUUCUCUGAAUUUCUCCUCUCAUGAAAAACCAUCUUAUCUGAAGACUUGACUGUUGUUUUAGAAUAGUAAAAUCCCAUAUUGAAGGAAAUUGUUCUUUUUGAGUUAUCUACUUAAUAGCAUAUCAUUCUUUUUCUUAAGCUAAAUUUUCCUAGAGAGUUUCUUGUCCAAAUUUCAGUUGUAUCGUGCCAUAUGGAGGGCACCUAAUCAGAGGGUAUUAAAGUCCUUACUAAGUUUCUCUAGUGGACUUUUUGUUUAAAAGAUCUUUGAAUUGUCAAUUCUGUAAGUGCCAUCAUUUAAAAUAAUUUUAUGCAGUGACAGAGAUUGUUUUCUUUUUCCUUUUCAAUAAAUUACACUUUAAGG